UCUGGUGUUCUCAAACGCGACGUCAGUUUCCUAUAUUAAGCGCGUGGCAGAGAAGCUGAACAUCCAGUCAAAGCGCAAUGCCUGAGGUUUGAACCUGAACACUGAGCUCCAGAAGUUUCUCUCCGAGUUAUGCACCUGCAUCAACUGCCCUCAUCCUCCGGACUGACCGAGAAACGGACGAGCGUGGACGAUGAUUUCACGUGCAACAUCGGUCCGGGGGAGGACCGCGUCUCCUCCUCCGGUGACUCGCUGGAGAGCGAGCCUCCGCUGAAAAGAUUCUCCACCGGGAUAGGAAACACUUCACACGAUUUGACGGACGUCAGAGAUGAAGACAGGCGCGCUCGGGACACGGCAAGGAAUGACGGUGAAAGUAUCGACAAGUGUCUUUUACCGGACUCUACUCAAGCGCGGGGAGAUUACGUCUCGUCGUCAGAUAUGUUCUUGUAUUCUGGUCAGCAGCACGUUGCGCCCGCGCUCCCGGCGUUCUCGGGUCACUACGUAACACCUCACCCGGUCAUCGCCAGCGGGCAGUAUAACGGGCUGAGCUACGCGUACUCGCAGGCGUACGGACAAACUUACGCCAAUAACAGCGCGGACUAUCCGUUUCACUCGGUACCCGGUAAAGCUCAGGUUUACUUGUGUAACCGGGCUCUUUGGUUCAAAUUUCACAGACACCAAACAGAAAUGAUUGUUACUAAACAGGGCCGACGAAUGUUCCCGUUUCUAAGUUUAAGUAUUUCUGGUCUUGACCCAGCGCGUCAUUAUAAUAUCGUUGUGGAUGUCAUUUUGGCGGAUCCGAACCACUGGAGGUUCCAAGGAGGAAAGUGGGUUCCUUGUGGCAAAGCGGACACUAAUGUUACAGCAAACCGAGUGUACAUGCACACGGACUCUCCAAACACCGGUGCGCACUGGAUGCGUCAGGAGAUCUCCUUCAGCAAACUGAAGCUGACAAACAACAAAGGAGCUAUUAGCAACUCCACACAGAUGAUCGUCCUGCAAUCUCUCCACAAGUAUCAACCGAGAAUACAUGUGAUCGAAAUAGACGAGAACGGAGAGGAAGCAAGUCCUGAUGGAGCGCAAACCUUCACCUUUCCCGAGACGCAGUUCAUGGCUGUCACAGCUUACCAGAACACUGAUGUAACGCAGCUGAAAAUUGAUCACAAUCCGUUUGCUAAAGGCUUUCGAGACAAUUAUGAGACAAGUUACAUCGGCUGCGAGACUGACCAGUUGACCCCCACAUCCGAUGCUCCGCGCUCUCACACCCUGUCUGCAUCCCGGUACGCAAUGACAAAUUCUUUAUUCCAAGACCAGUUUCUCAACAGUUACACUAAAUCUUGUUUUACAACUCUUGCUUCUAACACUUCUUCUUCUGACCGAGUAAUCACAUUAACCAACAGCCCCAUAACCCAGACACAAACUCAAGACAGCAUGACGUCUGGCCAGCGCUGGUUUGUUUCCUCCUCAGCUGCUCCAUCAUAUGAAGCUGAUAUUAACACAGCAGCUCUGUUUUCUUACGCUACAGUAGGGGUCAAAAGUCUGCCUAAUACUGGUGGUCUGGAUUGCUACACCAGUCCAUCCGGAUGGGAUUUAAUGGAUUCGGCAGAGAUCAGCAAUAAAACCUCAAAUCUCACAGGUUGGGAUGCAACACUUGAAAGAUCAACGCAGCCGAAUUACUUGCAAGUGGAUGGAGAUAUUUUGGAAAUGGACAGAUCAACCCUUGAAGGUAAUGAUGCAGGCGAUCUGACUUGGACUGAGACUCAAUCUUCUAUCAAAUCAGUAGAUUCCAGUGACUUUAGGAUUUUACAGGAGGUAAAACACACAUCUCCCUCUAUUAGUCCUCUUUCAGAGGUUCAGACUGAAAACAGACUCGCAGGUGUCACAGGAUAAUGACAGAAAUUGUGUCAAAGAAUCAGAUAUUUUUCAUUAUAAUACUCGGACGUCAACAUGUGUGGACUAGUUGUUGUCGUCACUAUAGCAAUAAUAUUGUUAUAAUGAUCUAUGUGUAUUUAUGGUUUUAUGUAUAUAAUAAUGGCACUUGAAGAAGGAUGAGACACUUGUGCUGUUUAUGUUUUUGUGGUGGUCCUUUUAAAAAAGCAAACAUGAUAGACUAUUAUAUGCCAGUAGGUCGACUUGUUUAAAUAUACA